AUGGUCGGAGCUAUCACCGCGGAGCCGAUACACUUGCAAUACUACGUAGAUCUGGCGCCCUCAGGUCGGGCAUCUUGCAAGAAAUGUGGCAACCUAAUCUCUUUAUAUAGCGCGAGGUUUUGCCGCAAAGUUCGAUCUCCAUGGCACGAUGGAUUUGAUAUUCAGUACAACCAUUUGUGCUGCGGAAUCAAAUGGGCCAGGAAACUGGACGAAAUCCAUAUGCUAGGGAUGUUACCAUGGCGAGAUUUGCAAAAGGCGGCAGAUCAAUGGGAAUAUGAUUUGUUAGUCAAUCGAGAGGAAUUGAAAAAGUACAAGCUUUUAGUCAAUGGCAUCGGAGUGCUGAGACAAACUAUUUUGGACAGCAAGAUGAAUGUUCAGGCCAUGGUCAGUAUACUUUCGUUUAAUGGAUUCUCUGCAGAGAUAUUUACCCAUCAUCACGGCGCAAUUUCGAUUGUCCCACACGUGUUUGCUGAUUGUUUACUACGCGGAUUGCCUCCAACCUGUCCCUUAUGUCAACAAAUGACCUUGUUUCCGGCCGCAUACUCUUAUUACUGCAUUGGUUACAUUGCGCCUACUACCAAAUGUGAUUACUGGCACUCCGCAAACCCGUGUUUACCCAAUCCUGUUUCCGAGCAGAUUGCACCCCUUGACGGGCGAAGCAAGUUCAUGAUGGUACCGCCUCACAUGGCAACUUUACCAAUCUGGAAAAAAUUAGGUGCUAUUUUGAAAACAAUCAGCGCUAAUGCGGAAACUGCUGGGCUGCAAUUCAAUGGAGAGCUAAAGUCCAAGGUUUUGGCUGGUACCCGCAAACAGACGUCAUCAAUAGAUCUCGACAAGUUGCCUCGAACGGCGUUGCUCACGGGGAUGUUAUUCAGCACGCUGGGAACCUUACGGCAUAUUGACAAAGAUAGUUUUGCUGGCGCUGUAGGAAGAUAUGGUGGCAAGUGGGUGAAUGACCCUAAUCAAUUGGGAAAUCCUCCUAUUGGCUGGAGGUCGUUUUGUCUGGUUGAUGGGGUUUCUUGGUCACAGAUACGGCAGAAUGCAAAAUCGCAAUCUGUGUUACAGACGGGUGCUAUCAUUGUACGGGAGGAAUACGCGGUGGCACUUUUAGCUAAGGGUGAGGAAAUAUCUAUUGACACGGAGUCCGGAGACGCGACGGUUUCCUCCAAGACAUGGCCCGCUGGACGUAACUUGCGGUUAGCUAAACAGAUGAAGUUGUUUCGAUUGGAUGGUGUUCGUUCGUUCGACGCCCCGAUUCCGGCAAUUGAAGACGCUAACAAUGCUGGCGGUGGCGGUGGGAAGCAGCCUCGUAUACAGCGGCAUUCUCCGUUGAUGCAAAUCGAUGUGGAUUUUCCGCUUCCAGAAGAUGGAUUAGGGAAAUUCAACCUGUCAAUUUAUGUUGACCGCAACAACAAUGCUUAUAACACACGCGUGUGCUAUGUUGAUUUAACGCAUAACAAGAACAGCUUUUACGAAUUACAACUGUUGGAAGUGUCUAGAAUACGCAGCGACCUGAAUAGAAAGCGGCGAGGUGGUACAGUAUCUCCCAAGAAGUUGGUUAAAAAACAAAAGACGAACGAAAGCGAAGAAAAUGGCAAACAUACUGCUGUUGACGAGAAUCGAGGCGUUGGACAGCGUAGCGUAAUGGAAUGGGAGGAACUAGUGUAUAACUCCGAAUGGAUUGAUUACGCGUCAAUGGAUCCUGACGAAUAUGACGAGAUGUGUGCAGCGAAGAUUUGUAAAUAUUUUCUUUUCAAGAAGUGGGGUCGCUUAGGCGAAGACGAUCGGACCACAAACAACUCAAUGGCAGAGGAGUAUGGAGCUGACUUAGAGGGAUGUAUAAGUGGGUUCAGAGAGAAAUUCUUCAGUUUGACAGGCCUUGAUUUUAACGAACGGUUCAGUAGGAAAAAGAUCGUAGGCAGAUAUCAAGUCGUGGAUACAAAGGGUUACGAUAGAGAAAACAAGGAUCCUGAGGUCCCGCAUUUCGGGACCGAACAGGAAGGGGAUAUGUCCCGGGACAGCCUUGAUGGCCAAGAUAAGGCAAGUGGCGAAGAUAGCUUGGGUGCAGCCUUCGGCGAAGUUAAGUUGUCUGGAGAGAACAAGGUUGUUGGCAAGGAGUUACUUGCUUUAGUGUACAGCCAGAGCUAUAUUUCUCGUACCAUUUCAGAUUUGAAUUUGGAUGUUACGAGAUUGGAUGCUUUAUCAAGAGACCAAAUUCUUACCGGUUAUGCUUUGUUGACCGAGAUGGAGACGGUCAUUCGGGAGGACACUGGGAGCAAGAGAGUGGAUGAAGGAUUACAAAAGAGAGAGCAGCCGCUCGAGAAGAUGAGAAUGAGCCAGAAACUGAAGGCGUUGAGUAGUUCUUACUAUGCGCACGUACCUCAUGUGGUAACGGGGAAGAGGACCCUGCCGGUGAUUGAUACUCCCUUAAUUUUGAAGCAGGAAUGUACGCGGCUGGAAACGCUACUUCAAACCAUGGAGUCUGCUCACAUCAUCAAGUCUACAUCGCAAACGAAAGACCAGUUGGCUUCGAAUUGGUUUUGUAAAGUCAAAAGUGAGUUGAUGGAUGAUUCGGAUAUAUACAAAUUAUUGAAAUUAUACGUUCUUCGAGGACACGGUUUAACCCAUGAUUCUAUGACCAUAAAAAUACAUAGUAUCUACGAACUAGACGGCGGAGCUACCACCCCUGCCAUCAGUACUCGAGCAAUACUACACCGUAAGUUAUUAUGGCAUGGUACGAGAGUGUCGAACUUAGCAUCCAUUUUCAGCUCCGGGUUCAAAAUUGCACCACCCGAAGCGCCAAAAUCGGGCUACAUGUUUGACAAGGGCGUCUAUUUUACUGAUACCUGCUCCAAAGCUGCACAAUAUUGUCACAGCGAAAUUUACGGUGAUAAGUCAGUUCUAUUUCUGUGCGAAAUUAUUCUAGGAAAUGUACUUGUAGCAUAUGAAGCAAAUGAGAGUAUCAUCAAACAAUAUGACAUCGGCUGUCAACUUGAUGAGAAUGAACGACCAAAACAACAGUACCAAUCUGUGCUAGGCUAUGGACGACUUCAACCAAGCAAAGAGAUUUCUGUGGAUAUGCCACACCCGAUUCUUAUACCGAUUGGCGCCCAAAAAAAGGUCAAUAGGAAACCUUUACCGCAGCUCAUGUAUAACGAGUUCGUUGUCUAUAACACCCAACAGGUCAUACCAAGGUUUGCAGUGCUUGUUAAUAUAAACUUCAAGUCAUUCAGUGACUAA